UCAAAUAUUAGUUUGCCUCCGCUAGAGGUAGUUUUUCUGAUAGUCGGUGCCCUCCCACUCGCUUAACAGGUUUAAUUACGUCUCAACGUUAUCAUUCUCAGUGACAGGUGAUCAGUCAGACAGAGAUGAGUUCCCUGCAGGAAAGAGACCUCACUCUGCGGGGGACCAGAGCCCCCAGCCGGCUGCAGGCUGCACGCGACACCGAGGAGACAGCGCAGGGAGCCGAAAAACCCUUCCAGCAGGUGAUGGAUGUCAGCACAGGAGAUCCCCACAGGGCAGGGAUGAAGCCUGUCUCGUUUGUUCGGCAGGUCUUGGCAGCGUGUGUCUACCCCAAGCUCCUGGAUGAAAAAAGCCUUCCCCUGGAUGCCAGGCAGAGGGCAAAUACGCUUCUGGGGAUCUGCAGUGGAAGGAGCGUGGGCUCAUACUGUGCAACAGCCUAUGGCAUACCAUAUGUCUGUAAAAGUAUUACUGAGUUUAUCAUGAGGCGAGACGGUGGAGUGAGUUCAAACCCAGAAGACAUCGUCAUCUCCUCUGGCUCUACGAAGACAUUGUUGAUGGUUCUGCACCUGAUGGCCAGUGGGGAAGGGGAGACUCGCACAGGUGUGUUGACCCCGAUGCCCUGCCCACACACCCUGCCCACACUGCUGAACAUGGCUGGAUUGACUUUGGUGCCUUACCAGCUGUUGGAGGACCGAGGCUGGGCUGUAGAUCUGGACGAGCUGCACCGAGCUCUGAGAACCACUAGGGGACACUGUUCUCCCAGAGCAAUUUACAUCAGCAAUCCAGGAAACCCCACAGGUCAUGUGCAAGACAGGAAAUCAAUAGAGGAAGUUAUUCGUUUUGCUGCAACCGAGGGUCUCGUCCUGUUGGCUGAUGAGGUGUACCAGGACAGUGUGUAUGGACAAGGGAAAGAGUCUCUUUCCUAUAAGAGAGUCCUGUUUGAGAUGGGCAAAGAGUACUCAAAGAAAGUGGAGCUGGUCUCCUUCCACUCAUUAUCCAGCGCCUGCAUGGGAGAGUGUGGUCUAAGGGGAGCGUAUAUGGAGGCAGUUAACCUGGACCCAGCCGUGAUGAAAUAUUUAAGAGAUGCGCAGGCCCCUUCCAGCCCUCCAGUUUUACCACAGCUCGCUCUGGAGGUCAUGGUCAAUCCACCCACCCCCGGAGAUCCUUCCUAUGAAACAUAUUCACAGGAGAUUCUUCACUCUUUGACAACCUUGUCCCAGAAUGCUCAGCGUGCUUGUGAGUUCCUGAAUGAUCUAUCAGGGAUCAAAUGCCAACCAGCGAGGGGGGGAGUUUUUCUUUUUCCCCGUCUGCAUUUACCACCUCAAAUGGUAGAGGAGGCCAAGAUGUUAGGAGUGGAGGCAGAUGUGCUUUACUGCCAGAGGUUACUGGAGGAGGAAGGUGUGCAUUUGGGAGCCGGCUGUGAGAACGGACAAGUAGAUCCAAACUUCCACAUCAGGUUGUGUGUUUUGGCUCCUCCCGACACCCUGGACGAGAUCUUGGCACGACUUCACUCUUUCCACCUGCGCCUGCUGGAGAGGUUUCCCUGAGUCAAGGACACAGACUCGGGGGGAAAAUACAGAAUCCUGGUCAACACUACAUACCUUUUUAUUACUGCUAAUCGUUUGAUUGACACUGUCAAAUACAAUUAUAACUUUUUAUAACUGUGCUGGAGUUUUCUUUCAAACGGUUUAACUGGAUGGAUAGCUAGCUCAGUGCUAGUGAGACCCUUACACUCAGUGUUUCCAUUAAAAACACAACAUUAAAUCAAACAACAAAAGAAAUACUACAAACAUACGUAUACUAUAAACUAUGUGUAACAUACUACUCUAGGGUCCUGCUUUCAAAACUUUACUUUAGGAAAACCAAGUGUCAUUAGAUGUAGUACUGUACUUGAAGUUUGAAGAUUAUUGCAAUGAAAUACAAAAUAAAAUCAACAUUUGGAC